AUGACUUCGUCAAAGCGACGUUUCUUAUCGCUGCCUUUGGAGUUAGUAGAAGAGAUACUUUACAAGGUUCCCAUCGAAUCGCUGGUACGAUUCCAAACGGUAUGCCAACAAUGGCACGCUCUCUUCAAUGACAAGAGAUUCAUCUACAAGCACUUGGAUCUCUCUCAGGAAAGAUUCGUACGACUUGAUGCUGAUCAUCAAUCAGUUCAAAUCUUCAAUCCUCAGACCAAUGAUCGAUUGCGUCUACCCUUCUCAGACGAGUUACACAUUCAAGAAUUCAGUAAAACGAUUCACUGCAACGGAUUAUUACUAUCAUUGUGUAUUGACAUAGGUAUGACUAAAAUAAAAGGGCUCGCUGUUCGGAAUCCGAUUUUGACCGGAGUCACAUGGAUCGAACCCUCGAAUUCUUACAGAAGUUCUGAUAUCUACGGUUUUGGAUACGACAAUGUAUCCUGUGGCAACUAUAAGAUCUUGAGGAUCAAUUUUGGCAUGUUACCAUCAGAGAUUGAGAUAUGCGAGUUUAAGUCUAAACUCUGGAGAAGUGUUGAUGCUACUACUCUCGAAUGCAAUGCACUGUGGGGAUCUGUAUCUAUGAAUGGAAACAUGUACUAG